GUUUGGAACUAUUUUGGUUUUCAUGUGAAGCAUGACCCUGAUGGUCAGUCAGAGGUUAUCGGUCCUCUUCAGCCAGUAGUGGCUUUGAUUGGUCAUGACAUCCUUUUGCCGUGUAACCUGGACCCUGUAAUGGAUGCUACUGAAAUGACUGUGGAGUGGGCGAGACCUGACUUAGACCCCAGAUUUGUCCUUGUGUGGCGUGACAGUGUCGACAUGGAGUCUAAAAAACAUCCAUCCUACACCAGCAGAACGUCUCUGUUCAAAAAUGAACUGAAGAAUGGAAACAUUUCACUGAAAAUCUCCAAAGUCAAACUGUCUGAUGAGGGAACGUACAGAUGUUUUGUUCCAGAGUUGGACAGAUACACUACAGUUCAGCUUGUUGUUGGUGCUGCCUCUUCAUCUGCUGCAUGGAUUAACAGCACCAUCAGCAGCAGGGUGGUGUUACAGUGUGAGUCUGCAGGCUGGUAUCCAGAGCCUGAGCUGCUGUGGUUGGACGGUGAGGGAAAGCUCCUCUCUGCUGGACCUACAGAGACCCUCAGAGGUCCUGAUGACCUCUAUACUGUCAGCAGCAGAGUGACUGUGGAGAAGAGACACAGCAACAACAUCACCUGCAGAGUCCAACAGAGGAACACCAACCAGAGCAGAGAGACACACAUACAUGUUCCAGAUGAUUUCUUCAUUGUCAUCAGUCCUCCCAGUAAUCAGACUAAUGACCCAAAUAUCAUUGCUGUGGUCAUCGGUGCUCUCGUUGUGCUCAUUCUGAUUCUUGCCGUUUCCUUUGUUGUCUGGAAGAAGAGACGAGCCAAAUGCAAAAAGAAGAAGAGUGAGGAGGACGGAGCUGAAAUUGGGUUAAAAGGAGAAAGUGAACCACUCAUGAGUGGAAAAGAAGAAGAUGAUGAUGUGGACAGAAGAGAAGCGCAAAUACAUGAAGAUAAAAGAGAAAUCAAACAAGAUCAGCUUGUUUUAGAAACAGAGCGAAUGAAGGACAUCAAGAGUCCACAAGAAGAAAGAAUAAAUCCAUCUAAUGACAGAGAGUCUUUGAUUACAAUAGAACAAGAAACACAUGAAGAACAGGAAGUGACAGGAAGAGAAGAAGAGCAUGAUGUGGACAACAGUGGAGAAAAAGUUAAAUGA